AAAGAUGGCGGCGCCCCCUCAGCCGCCGCCGCCGCCGCCGCCGGCGGGCCCGGGCUCGGGCUCGGGCCCGGGCCCGGGGCCGGGGCCGCCGGCUGCUCCUGCGCCGCCGCCGCCGCCUCUGCCCGCCGCGCCGCCGGGGCCGGGGCAGCCCCCGGGGCCGCCGCUGCCGGCGCAGGUGGCGGCCGCGCAGGCGCAAGACUUCGACCCGGUGCAGCGGUUCCGCCUCCUCAUCCCGCAGCUGAAGGAGAGCCUGCAGGCCCUGAUGAAAGUGGCAGCGCAGAACCUGGUGCAGAACUCCAGCAUCGACAACGGGCAGAAAAGCGCCGACGGGGCCCUUCAGCGCUUCGACAAGAGCCUGGAGGAGUUCUAUGCUCUCUGUGACCAGUUGGAGCUCUGCCUUCGCCUGGCCCACGAGUGCCUCUCGCAGAGCUUCGACAGCGCCAAGCACGCCCCUGCCCUGGUGCCCGCAGCCCCCAAAGGUGAGGGGGGGGCGGGCGAGACCCUCCCCUACACCCAGUACCUGCCCCUCAUCAAAGCCCAGAUCGCCGGUGCCAAGGACAUCCACAACGCCCUGCUGGAGGGGGCCAACAAGAUCACCGGCAAGCUGCCCCCCCCGGGCGGGCCCUGAGUGUUUUGGGGUGUCCCUGCGGGGGUCACAGACACUCCCCAAACCUUCUGUGGUGGUCUGAGGGCGGACACGGGGCCGGGGGGUGUUUGGGGAAUUCUGGUACCACGUGUCGAGGGGUCAGAGUGCCGGCACACAGUGCAGAGGGGUGCUGACACACCCCCACACACACCCCCGAUUUUUGGAGGGGACCCCGCGGGGGUGCUGAGCCCCCCCUCAAAUUCUGCCAGGGGUCUGAAAGCAGAUCCAAGGGGCUUGGGGGUGGGGGGUCUGAGUGUGGAAAUGGGGAGACAUAGUGCUGGCUUUUGGGGUGCUGACCUCCGCGGGGGGCCAUAAUGGGGAAGGGGUGGGGCAUGGGGGGUGCUGGCCCCCCCUGGUUUUGGGGGGAAACCAGCUGUUUUUUUGGUAAAUAAACUGUUUUUUUGUUGUGA